UGGUAUGUUGUUGUUGUUGUUCUUCCUAAUGACAACUGUAUUUGCCGGCUAAUAAGGGUUUCAGAAUUGACCAAGAGGAAACGCAUAUUUGGUGAUGACACAAUCUUGUUGGCAUAGUUAUUUAACAUAAGGAAACUCCCACGGGGAAAGGCUUAAAAGAGCUCCGGGAAGGUUGAAGCACUUGUCAGACUGUGCCGGCAGUCAAGAGAGCGUGUUGAGUGUUUAUGUUGAGUUUCGAGCAGAUGACAGCAUGAACUCCAGCCAAGGCCUGUACCAUUUUUCCUGUCGGUCUCAUCCUGUCGGAUGCGGCUUUGCCCAUGCAGGAGCUUCCUACAGGGCUUCCAGCAUGCAUGCAGGCAACACUACUUAUAUCCCCAUCUCCAUUGGAAGACCAGUCUGGGUGACCUGUGAGGCAGGGACUGGGUGGGUAAGCUCUUGUGAGAGCCCUGGGAACAUCUUCCCUGAAAAAAAUGAGAAGGAGACAAUGCAGGAGCUGAAUGACCGCUUGGCUGCCUACCUGGACAAGGUACGUUCUCUGGAGGAAGCCAAUACUCAGCUGGAGGGCUGCAUCCGGGAGUGGCACAACAAGAGAUCCCGUGGCAACAAGUACGACUUUAAGGAAUAUGAGGAAAACAUUCUAGACAUGCAUGAGCAGAUUGAAAAUGGACGGGUUACCAACGCAGGCAUCGUUCUACAGAUUGACAAUGCUAAAAUGGCAACGGAGGACUUCAGGAUCAAGUAUGAAACAGAAAAAGCACUCCGUCAAAGUGUGCAGAAUGAUGUUGAAAACAUCCGUAAGGAACUGGACAAUAUGACAAUCAUCAUAACUGAUCUGGAAAUGGAAAUCGAAGCUCUGCGAGAAGAUCAUAUUCUCAAGAAGAAAAAACAUGAACAGGAUAUGGCAACACAUUCCUCUUCUGAUGAACUGAAGGUAAACGUGAAGGUGAACACAGCCCCACAAGAAGAUCUGGCCAAGAUUCUGGCAGGGAUAAGAGAAGAUUAUGAAGCUAUAAUUGAAAAGAACAGCAAAAGCCUUGAAGCCUGGUUCCAACGACAGUUUGCAAAUGAGUCGACCGAAGCAUGCCCCAACCAAGAUGAACUACAAACCGCUCGGAAAGAAAUCACUGAACUGAACCGCACGCUGCAAACCCUGGAAAUUGAUCUACAGACCCAGCUAAACAAGAAAUACGCCCUGGAGAACAGCUUAGACGAAACCAGAUCCCGCUACUCCUUUCAACUCCAAAGCAUCCAACAUGUAAUCUCCAAAUGUGAAGAUGAACUCAGUGACCUUCGUCAUGAUAUCAAGCGUCAAAAUAACCAGUACAAAGUCCUCCUGGGAAUUAAAACUCGCCUGGAGAAAGAGAUUUCCACUUAUCGCCAGCUGCUGGAGGGAAAGAUCGAUGGGAUGACAGACUCCAAGUCAAGUUAUAAAGAACAUGAACGAUCAACCAGUCAAAAUUUAAAGAAAAUUGUGCAAGACAGUGUGGAUGGGCACAUAGUUGCUACACAUACUGCUGAGAUCAAAAGACAGGCGUGACUUCAUCAGUUUGAAUAAAAUAAAUUCUUCUAUACAGGAAAAUUUACGGAAGUCCUAUUAUCUAAUAAAUAGAAUUUUCUGUAUUUAAACACCUCUUUCAGGAAUGUAUGCUUUUUUUUUCCUUUUGCAUUUACACAUUUCCCACAAACUGGAUGCAAUUUAAUUUAAUAUGAAUGCAAAUAAUCUACCGUUCUUCUUUUGGCUCUGACUUCUUUAAAGAUCAUAAAGAUCAAUAAAAAUGUCAUUACAUUA